AAAGGCUCCUCGGCGAUACAUCUUGCUAGUAGACGAUCUUUGACUGAAGGUGGUUGGCCAAGUUGUCAGGACAGGCGAGAGUCCACGGGAUUACAGCGGCCAGGGAAGCUCAGGAGACACGGCGGGGUCGACCCAACCUGUCAAGUAGCCCGUUAAAUCAAACUUUGGCGGCCAUACGAGCAGAGAAAAGGGAAGCUCUCCGGGAUUUGACUCCGUCCACGAGCCGCUGAGGGAGUCUUCUUCUUCUCCCCACGGACGGACGGACUGGAAGCAGAGCUUUUCCCACGAUGCCAUGGUAGGAAUUACUUCUGUUUUGCCCUGAACUCUCAAGCAGACAGUCUGAGGCAAUAUGGCACACCUGCCUAUAGCCCCAGGUGAGGUCUACGUGGAGGUGGAUUACGACUAUGAGUACACGUCCAAGGACCGUCUCAUUUCCAUCCGCCAGGGUGAACGCUACCUGCUGGUCAAGAAAACCAAUGAAGAUUGGUGGCAGGUGAAGAAAGAUGACGGGACAAAAGCGUUUUAUGUACCUGCUCAGUAUGUUCGGGAAGUUCGCAAAGCUCUCAUGCCUCCUCCCAAGCCCAUUCCUUAUCACCAUGGUGGUGCUUCAAAAACUCCUGGCAGUUCAUACUGGGUCAAACCAGCUCAUCUGGACCUGGGACUAAAAGAUCAACCCGCUGAAGGCAUCAGUCGGCGUGAAUCCAAAACGCGGCGGUCUCCGUCUGCUCAAACCGCUUCUUCAGGUCACUUCACUCCCCCAAGUCAACGCAGGAACAGUAACCACUAUCAACCCCCCCUUAGUCCGACUGACCACGAGCCAGCUCUGGAGGCUGGAAGCCAGAGACCUCAACAGGGGUCGUCCAUCACUCUGCCCCGCAGCCGAGCUAGAUCCCCAGACUUGGUCAGAGACCCCCUGGAGGGUGAUGGCACUCAUUGUGACUCUGCGGGGGAAGAUAGAGGCACCAAUGACUCUGAGUCUGGAGAUGAACUGAGCGGCUCUUCCACCGAACAUCUCCAGAUGGGUUCGUCGGGUCAGGUCGGUUCUGAUUCCUCCAUCUACACUAACCUCCAGGACCUGAAGAUAUCACAGGCAAACCUGCCCCUUCAGCCCUCUGGCUCCCCACUGCACAUAUCAGGGGACUGGGAGACCCACAAAGACCAGAGUGGGAGGCACUAUUACUAUAACCGCUUCACUCGGGAGACGACAUGGAAACCGCCCCGGACCAAAGAGGUCAACAACGGAAACUCGCGAGGAGAGAGUCACAGCGCUGAAGAAAGCUCUGAGACCACUCCUCUUUCCCUGUCGCCUUCUCUCCUUCCCUUCCUGUCGCUCUCCCUCGGUCGAAUCCUGCCUCUUUCUCCGGAGGACACCUGCUUCAGUACCUACUCUAGCCAGUCUGACAGCCAGUAUGGCUCCCCGCCACGUGGCUGGUCGGAGGAGAUGGAUGAGUACGGCCACACGCUGUACGUCAGCGACUAUACUAAUGAGAAGUGGUUAAAACAUGUGGACGACCAGGGCAGACCGUAUUACUACAGCGCAGACGGCUCCAGGUCAGAGUGGGAGCUGCCCAAGCUGCAGUACACCACCUCCCCACCUCAGCUGCCCAAAGAUGUCCAGAAGACCAAUAGUUUGGACAGGAAAACAACCAAACCCCCCUCCUUGGUUGUGUGGAGAAACAGCAACGUCUUCCCUGAGCUGAGUGAAAAGCGGCUGUUAAAAAGCAGGCGUUCCCGCUCAGGCUCUGCCCGCCCACACCCAUACAAACACCAAGAAGCUCCUCUGGCCCCCAAGUCUCCCUCUCUCGACUCUGACUCCUGCUCUUCGUCUCCAAAGCCUCCCGCUUCUCCAAAUGAAAAGUGUGGAGUGGUGAACAUGACAAAGAUUACUGAGAAUGGAAAGCGAGUACGAAAGAACUGGACUUCCUCCUGGACAGUUCUCCAAGGAUCCGAGCUGCUGUUUGCCAAAGGUCAGGCGAGUGGAUCCAGCUGGUUUGGAGGCGGUCAGUCCAAACCCGAGUUUACUGUGGAUCUGAAGGGCGCCUCUGUGGAAUGGGCCUCCAAAGACAAGUCCAGCAAGAAGAACGUUAUAGAGCUGAAGAUCCAGAACGGCACAGACCUGCUGAUCCAGUGCGACAACGACGGCACCAUCACCGAGUGGUUCAACGCGCUGGAGGAAACCGUCCACUCACAUGCCUGUGAAUCUGACGAGGCCUUGGAAGAAGACCUGCCCGAGUCGCCUGGUGAAGAAAUGAAAAAAAAGAAGGACUCCAGGGUGUCUAAGAAAGAGAAAGCCUCCAAGCCGGCCACCGCUACUGAAACCUCUGACAAGACCAAACACAAGCUGAGGAAGUUCCUGUCCCGUCGUCCCACCCUGCAGUCAGUCAGAGACAAGGGAUACAUUAAAGAUCAGGUGUUUGGCUGCAGUCUGGCCAGCCUGUGUCAGAGGGAGAGCAGCACGGUGCCUCACUUUGUCAAGCUGUGCAUCGAUCACGUGGAGAGCAAAGGGCUGAGCAUCGAUGGGCUGUACAGAGUCAGCGGGAACCUGGCUGUCAUACAAAAACUACGCUUUGCCGUCAAUCACGAUGAGAAGGUGAACUUGUCGGACCCAAAGUGGGAGGACAUCCAUGUGACCACUGGGGCUUUAAAGAUGUUCUUCAGAGAGCUGUCGGAGCCGCUUUUCACCUACGCUCUGUUUCAGCAGUUUGUUAACGCCAUCAAAAUGAAUGACUACAGGCAGCGCGUUCAGGCCAUCAAGGAUCUGGUCAGACAGCUGCCCAAACCCAAUCAUGACACCAUGCAGGCGCUCUUCAAACACCUCAUGAAGGUGAUCGACCAUAGCGAGGAAAACCGAAUGAGCAACCAAAGCAUAGCGAUUGUGUUCGGCCCAACCCUGCUUCGGCCUGAAACCGAGACCUGGAACAUGGCGGUCCACAUGGUCUACCAGAACCAGAUAGUGGAUCUUAUACUGCUGGAGUAUGAGAACAUUUUCAGCAGGUAGACGCCACAGGAGGAGAAUGGCGUGUUUCCACUCCUUUAAGCAAAACCAGCCCGGCCCGGCUCGGUUUGGCUUAGCUUCUGUUCAUCUCAAACUCACCGGGCUCAUCUAUUUCCUGGAUCGAUGCAGCCCCAAAUGUUUCAUGAGCCAAAACACAAAUGCCUGUCAGAGUAGCGACCAAAACUCUUUGCACUUUGAAGUAUCUCAUUUCUCCUGCAUUUGUGCCACUUUACUGCAAACUGUCCUGACACUGGAGUCCUGUCCUCAUGCGGGCCGGCAGCUCGAGCAGCAGAGGAGCGCCUCGCUGGGCUGUGAGACACGCCGGCCGGCAGUACUGGAGGGUGAAGAGGACGAUCCCACGGCUUAUAGACGCCACUGCUGCUGUCAGCUUAGCUUUACAUCCUUUACCUGACAGGUGAAAUGGAGCUGGAGCUGGCUGAGGGGGAGGAAAUUCUGGGCUCUUUUUACCUUCUUUUUUUUUGGUCUUUCUCUUCUUGAUGUGUCCUCCGUUACUGGGACGAGGCCCUCCGAACACAUAACGGGGUUUCUGUCACCCCUCCGUGUUACAUCUGCAUGAAACUUUCCCAGUUUGUAGAACAAAUCGCAGCUGUCAGAGCAACAAGAGCAAACGACGGUACUCAGCUGCUACUGUAAGAAUUUAAGAUGUUAUGGCGUUUGAGCUCCAACCAUGAAUCUGUACAGUGUUUUCAUGUGAAGGGGGGUGUGGAUGGAUAACGUUGAUGAUAAUAUGCUGUAAAAAGUAGUUAAUAUGAGUCUGUAUGCAUGGAAUGUUAAGGAAAUGUGAGCGAUGGGAAGAUGAUUGUGGAGAUCACACAGAAAUAAACUGGGAUGUGGAGGUUUACCUGACAAACAGGUACUGCUGGCUUUAACAAAACUGGAAUAAAUUCCUCAAAAAAAAAGAAAAUA